GACAGGCUCCGGGGGGCCGGCCCCAGCUGGGAGCCCCGAGCGAUCCCGGAGUAGCUGCGGCGGUGUCCGCCCCCUCCCUCCACCCCUCCAGCGAGGCUGGUCUCUGGCCGGGCACUGUCGCGGGCCCCCCUGGCCCGGCCGCCUUCCUCUUCCCUUGGCCCUCAAAGUUUGUGGCCAAGCCGGCGUCGUCCGGGAGAGCGUGCCGCGGGGGAGAUCCGGGAGCUCGCGAUGUCGGGCUGCAGGAGCCGUUGACCCGGGGACGCGGCGGUCCGGGGCAGCAGCGUGGAGCAGCCGGCAGCCCGCCGACUCCAGUGCAUGGGACAGGCUGAGGAGCCAGCAUGGGCAACUGCGUGGGGAGACAGCGCCGAGAGAGGCCGGCUGUUCCGGGACACCCCCGCAAGCGAGCAGGUCGCAAUGAGCCCCUGAAGAAGGAGCGACUCAAGUGGAAGAGUGACUACCCUAUGACCGAUGGGCAGCUGCGGAGCAAGCGGGAUGAGUUCUGGGACACAGCACCUGCCUUUGAGGGCCGCAAGGAGAUCUGGGAUGCCCUUAAGGCUGCUGCCUAUGCUGCCGAGGCUAAUGACCAUGAGCUGGCUCAAGCCAUCCUGGAUGGAGCCAGCAUCACCCUGCCUCACGGAACCCUCUGUGAAUGCUAUGAUGAACUGGGAAAUCGCUACCAGCUACCCAUCUACUGCCUGUCACCACCUGUGAACCUGCUGCUGGAGCACAUGGAGGAGGAAAGCCUGGAGCCCCCUGAGCCCACCCCCACUGUGCGCCGUGAAUUUCCACUGAAAGUGCGCCUCUCCACAGGCAAGGACGUGAGGCUUAGUGCCAGCCUGCCUGACACAGUGGGGCAGCUCAAGAGGCAGCUGCACAGUCAGGAGGGUAUUGAGCCAUCCUGGCAGAGAUGGUUCUUCUCUGGAAAGCUGCUCACAGACCGCACACGGCUCCAGGAAACCAAGAUCCAGAAAGAUUUUGUCAUCCAGGUCAUCAUCAACCAGCCCCCACCACCCCAGGACUGACAGGUAGCUGCUGACUCCAUGGAUUUCCUCAGCAGCUGCAGGGCCUAGGCCUGGAGCACGAGGCCCCCAUCCUGCCGCUGCCUUCCAGUGCUGUUGUUUUCUUCAAGGGCAUCUCCCACUGCCCCGCUGUAUGGCUCUGAGUGAGCUGUGAAGGGACUGCCUUCCAGGGGCACUGGAACCACCAGUGCUCAGCACCCAGGGAGCAAUCUGUCACACACAGGCCUUGCCAACCUUGUCAGAGAAAAAGGCACCUGCAGUUCUCUACCUGAAGGUUGGAGCCAUGGGGGCCAGGCCUGGAGGCCCUGGAACCCAGAUUUGUUAUCUGGGCCCCCACUGUGCUCACUCCAGUUUUCUGCUCAGGGUUGGAAGCAGUUGCUGUCUCCCUCCUACCACCUCUCCACACCAUGACUCUGCCCUGGGCACAGUGCCAGUCCUCUAGAGGGGAGGGAAUCACCAGUGAGCCCUAGGGCUUGGGGAGCCUGAGGCAGGCCUCUGCCUCUCCCUGCACCCAGCACAAUCAGCAGAAAUGAGGCAGGUGGCCAGAUAGCUGGGCUUUGUGGCAGGGUUCUGCACAGGGCCAUCUACCAGCUGUAACCCAGGUCAGGGGGAUGUCCUGCAGCCUGGUCAUGGCCCCUCAGCAGCAGAGCCCUGUGUACAGACAUGUCUGCAUAUUUAUCAAUAAAGCCUUUUGCUCCUCA